CACCGCCACCGCCCUCUCCAGCGGCUACGAGUCACGUGACCUCUCCUACUAUCGCCCGCCAGGUACAUAUAGGAACACGCGCUCCACAGGCUGGAUAUCGACUGGACAGACUCCGGCACCAGGCACUGCCCCGAGUGACGUGGCCGUCCCCUCCUUCCUCCCUUUGCAGGCAGGAGCCAAGCAGACGACACCAAGAACCCUCGGAGGACACCGACCGGACCCAGUACCACCCGCCAUCUCGCUUCUCCUUGUUGUCGUCUUCGGGGAUAACACAACAUUUUCCGCCCUCACCCGCUUAUCUACGCCGGGUGUCAAGCCAGGGUUGGCGGUUAGUAUUCGAGAUACCGGCCGGACCGCCGACCUUUCUUCAACAAACGCCGACAUCCCCAAAAUAACUCCACACCAAACUUCGUGAACUGGGUGAGCGGGAUAACCCCGACACUUCACCCCAAGGAAGAACAGAACAAACAAGCAAGAAAAAAAAGGACAAAGAAAAAAAAGGAAACAGUUUUGAAGCUCGCCUGCUGCGUUGUCGAGUGUGUCUGUAUUCGUCGUCGGUUGAGUUUUGGCGGGAGAGACAAGAGAGGACAAAGAUGGCCUGUGUGAAGAUGUCGUUGUCGUGGAGGUUGCUUGUGGUGCUGAUGUUGGUGGUGUGUUGCUGGUCGGCCGCCGAAGCCUGCUUCAUACGCAAUUGUCCACGAGGAGGGAAACGCGCGUUUGAAGGCGAGGAAGAAGGAAAACAGUGCAUGGCCUGUGGUCCAGGGGGCAAAGGGCAGUGCGUGGGCCCCUCCAUUUGCUGCGGACAGGAAAUCGGUUGCUUGAUGGGCACGUCACAGGCGCUGGAAUGUGUGAAGGAGAAUGAGAGUACAGUCCCUUGCGUUGUGAAUGGAUCUCCGUGUGGCAUCAACAACAUGGGCAUCUGCGUGGCCAACGGCAUUUGCUGUGUGCAAGAUGCCUGCUCCUACAAUUCCAUCUGCAACAGCAACCAGGAAGACGAAAAGGACGAGGAUGACCCGUCACGGGGACAGUUACUGACCUUAAUUCGACGACUGUUGGCCAAUCGUCAGUAUGACUGACCUUUGACUCACCCCGAGCAGACCCGAACAAGCUUCUGGUUUGGGAAAAAGUGGCCCACCGUGCCAAGAGCAUGUGUGAAGAGACCGCUGACUGCUUACAAAACAUCAAUAAAGCGCCCCCUACCUAAAGCCACUGACCACGUGGACAAACAAAAUUGAUGAAGCAGUUGUUACUGGAGACAAGUUCUCCCCCAUGGUCGGUGUGACUGUCUACCACGCACCCAGAUCCUGCAUUUAGAAUCACAGCUACAACAGUAAAAUCAUUCUUUGCCUCUCGACUUCUUUCCAUUUUUCUCGUUCUUUCUUUCUCUCUCUUUCUCUUUCUCUUUCACACACACACCUGGUUCUGUUUUUACCUGUAGUAAGUUUCCAAGUAAAAUAAAAAUGCAGCAGCAACUGAAUUAAUCAAUUUGCGACUGUUACGAUGAAAAUAAAAUAGUUUAGGUGGAAAAUCAAGUAUUACUUUAAUAAACAAUAAGUAAAAAAAUGUUAUUUGACGUCUUCUUCCCAAACAAUGCGUUGUUGAUUAUUGUUGAUUAUUGUAAAAAAAAUGGAUAAGGGAUACAAUCAUGUGGUUGUCUGCUGUCCAGCGCACUUCUAGCAUCCCUUCAUCGGCUAAAAAAAAGUAACAUGAGCAACUGAUGAAUCAAUGAAAAAGAGAAAGGAGAUUAAAUUACCAUCGGGUCUGCA